ACAGGAAGAUGGAUGAAGAUCUGAAGAGAAAACUGCUUGUUGUUCUUGCUGUCCUCUUGCUGCCCAGCUCAGCACAAACAGGGAAUACAGACAGACUCUCAGGGCAUCACUGCACUGACUUCCAGACAGCCAAUUUCCUACGGGGCAGCAAACUGAAGGUCCAGUUUCUUCUGUUCACCUCCUCAAGCCCCAGCUGUGGAGAGCUGAUUUCAGCUGAUGAUGGCAUCAAGAACUGCAGCUUCAACAGCAGCCUGGAAACCAAAAUCAUCAUCCAUGGCUUCAGGGCUUUGGGUACCAAACCUUCCUGGAUUGAAGGGCUUGUCCGAGCCAUACUGCACACCAGCCAGGUGAAUGUGAUCGCAGUAGACUGGGUUUAUGGGUCUACAGGAGCCUAUCCCUCCGCAGUGGAAAAUGUCACACAGCUGGCCCUCGCCAUCUCACACUUCAUCAGCAAGCUCCUGGCCCUGGGAGUCUCAGGGACAUCUAUCCACAUCAUUGGGGUAAGCCUCGGAGCACAUGUCGGGGGCCUGGUGGGGCACUUCCAUGGCGGUCACCUGGGACGGAUAACAGCCCUGGAUCCUGCAGGCCCUAAGUACACCAGAGCCAGCCCUGAGGAACGCCUGGAUCCUGGGGAUGCCCUCUUUGUAGAAGCCAUUCAUACUGAUGCUGACAAUUUCGGGAUCCGGAUUCCUGUAGGCCACAUCGAUUACUUUGUCAAUGGAGGCAAAGAUCAGCCAGGAUGCCCCCGAUUCAUCUCUGCAGGCUAUAACUUCCUGAUCUGUGAUCACAUGCGGGCUGUGCAUCUCUACAUCAGUGCCUUGAACCAUCCCUGUCCCAUCAUGGGGUUCCCCUGUGCAAGUCAUCAAGAUUUUCUAAAUGGUCAUUGCCUGGACUGUGCAGAACCCUUCCUGUCCUCCUGUCCCAGAAUAGGCCUGCUGGAGCAGGCAGGUGUCAACAUGAGCAGGCUGCCUCAGGAAGUGAAAGUUUUUUUAAUGACCAGUCCUUCAGCCCCAUUCUGUGUCCACCACAGCCUGGUUGAGUUCCACUUGCAGAAGAAAAGGAACAGAGUGACCAGCAUUGAGAUCAGUUUCAGCAGCAACAGCACCAAGGACACAGCAAAGAUCACCAUACCCAAGGACCAGGAGACAGGCAAACAUCUGCUGGCCCACCGAGUUCCCCUCUGCCAGAUAAACAGUGUGACCCUGAGGUAUAUCCCCAAGAAUCGUUUUUGGAGCAAGGAUGAGCCAUCUGUUGUUGGCAAGUUCUGUGUAGCACCACUGCCUCUCAACAGCAGCAGGACAAGGUCGUGUCUGCCCUGGAUCCUCACCCUCCCCAGCAAAACAGACAUCUCCUAUGACCUGCCCACCGCUUGUGCCUAGCUCUGCCUUCAGGAUACGCAGAACCAGAAAGGAAUCCUAGAUCUAUCGCUGCUCUCUGCUCCCAGAUGAUACUUUCAGCAUAAAACUGGAUGGGUUUUUUACUCCCUGCACUAGGGGCAAGAUGUCAAGGAAAAGAAGUGCAUGGCAGAUUGACAAAUACAAGUUUAACUGGUUACAGCAAAAUCUUUCAGUUGAAAGACUGGAUUGACAUUUUUGUCUCCCAGGUUCUGUACCCAGCUCGCAAAGUGAGACAGGAAAGUCAUUUAAUCUCAAGGUUUGAAUCUGUAUUGAAGGAGUGGAUAAUAUCACUCUUUUUGUAGUGGUAUUUGUGUUAGUAUAAUUCAUUAGUGUAUUAGUGUUUUAUAUUAAACUGUCCUGAAAUCUUCAUAUUAAAGGUGAAAGGUAUUCUUUUUCCUCAGCAAGGGGAAACAGUGUGGUCCAAGUUUGGAAGGAAGGAGUCAUUCUUAGUCAGACCUCCAAUGGGAAACUCACUAGACUCAUCUACAAGAUGCUUUCAGAGGGAGACCCUAUUGAUUUUACAGCACAUAAUUCUCUCUGAAACUCACAUGAAGUGAAACAGACACCAGGAGCAGCACAGAGCUGUCACAUCCAAUUUUGCACUGCUUUCACCAUCUGCCCAGAAUAGAAGGUAGUAGGAGAAUGGAGCACUGUAGCCACAGUGCCACCUAACACGAAACAGUCCCAGGAACUCAGCACAGCUGUUCAGACCAGAAAAAGUAGUUGAAGUCUGGAAAUAAUUGGUGAAAGAUUACAGUGGGAUGCAUGACCACAGAAAC